AUGGGUGAGGUGGGUUAGAGUAGGGUAGGGGAAGGUGUUGUGGAGUAAAGUAUGGUACUUUAGGUUAGUGGAUGGUCUGUUAAUAUAGGAUAAGGUAUGUUAAGGCAGGCUAUGGUAUGCUGUCCUAUAAAGAGUCGUAUUAAGGCAGAAAAAAGCCAUGUUAAGGUAGAGAAAGAUACGUUAGUCUAUGUUAAAGUAUAUAUAAUGACAUUCUUUCUUUUUCCAUAAACUUUUCGACCGGUAUCAGUCUUUUACCCAAAAAAGUCUAUCUAAUUCUCGACCGUUCUGUUAAAAAACAAAAAUCCGCAGUGCCUUGUAGCCAACUCUGAUAUGUCUAGUAUUCUUGGGUUCAGUGACAAUUGGCAACCCUAAUGCUCGACAUAUCGGAGGUGGCACAAGUGUCAAGAUUUUUUAAUUUUUAAAAAAUUUUUUGGUCGAUUCUGGUCUUGGACGGUAAAUUUUAAUUUUUUUAAAUUUUGGAAAUCUCGUUUUUAAUUUAAAAAUUCGUUUAAAUUUCUUUAAAACCAAAUAAAACCUCAAUCCCUAACCCAUUAGUCCUUCAGAACCCGGACCAAGAACUCCAAUUUGAUGUUCACAUUAUCAGUUAUGCCAAACAAAUCACAAACGCGGUCUCCACCUUAGUCAAGGCCGCCCAAUCCACCCAGCGAGAGCUAGUCCAACAAGGUCGAAUCGACCCUCGGCCACAACAAUUCAAAGGAAAUGACUAUCAGUGGAGCGAAGGCUUUGUUUCGGCCGCCAAAGCCGUGGCCGCAGCCGUUCAACAGCUCUGCGAGACCGCCAAUAAUGUUGUAGCUGGGCACGCUAGCGAAGAAAAGCUAGCUGCAUGUGCCAAAACAGUAGCCGCUCACACGGCACAGUUGUUGGUGGCAUGUCGGGUGAAGGCCGACCAAGGCAGUCACAACAUGCAGAGGUUACAGUCAGCUGGUCAAGCUGUGAGAAUCGCGGCUGAAAGUUUGGUGAAUGCUGCUAGGCAACAAGUUGCUGAAGAUGAAAGAAUCGUCGUCAUAAACGAUAGGAUGGUUCAUGGAAUUGCUCAGGUAAAUAGACAAGUCAAAAGUUAAUAAAAGGCAAAAGUUAAUACACAAACAUAGAAGAUGAAAAAAAAUAGAAAAAGCACAUGAUAAAGGGACAAAAGAAGGCAAAAAGUAUGAAAAAUAAGGCAAGAAACAAAUAAAAAAGAUAAAGAAUGAAGCGUAAAAUUAUAAAGAAAUGAAAAAAAGAAACAAUAAGGCUCUAUUGGGUAUUAAAAAAAAGUCUUGUCGCAAAUUUACGAAGGUUUACACUGUCAGAAACGACAAGACUUUUUUACUUUUAAUGUUUCCUUACCCAACACAGCAUAACUUUACCUAUAGAUAAAGAAGAAGCAAAAACACUAUUUUUUUAAAUUGGAAGAAAUUACAGUAUCCUAUAGAAAUGGCAAGGAAAAGAAACAAAUUUCGUUUUUUUUUGAAAAUAAAAAUAUCAAAAUUAAUGUCAAUAUCAAUAAUACCUUUGAUCUAAAACUAAUGCUAAGCCUAUAAAACACCUUUCAAUUACAAAAACAUAACUAAAACAAAGAAAAUCAAGCUUACUAUCACACUAAACCCACUUUAUUGUAGGUAAUGAAAGCUCAAGAAGAGGUGCUACGCAAAGAGCGUGAACUGACCGAAGCCCGACGUCAGUUGGCCGAGGUGAAUAAGUCACGGUACGCUCCACAAGAUUCGGAAGAAGAAGGCGCAUAA